UCGCCUCGUUUUCCUGGCUCUUCUAAACCACCUAGCCUAUAAGUUGUUUAGCCACUGCUGUCAUCACCAUCACCAUCGUCACUGUCCCACUUCAGAUUCAUGUUCACCUAGCCCUUUGCCAACAAGGACGACCCCUGUUUACGUACAUACCUAGGUACUACGCUUCGAAGCAAACGAUAUUUUCUUUCUUUUCUAUUAUUGGCUUUUCUUUCUUGGGUUUCGCCCUCCCCCUAUAUUGCCAUUUCGGCACACUACUAUAUAAGUCCAGCCCGCAAUCCCCCUACCUACCUACCUACCUCCACCAUGAGCCAGCGUCCCGAGUUCCGACGCCCAGGUUCCGCAGCCUCGGACACCUCGUCGUUCUACUCGUCGCGCUCAGGGUCGUCACUAUCGUCGCACGGAUCCUCGUCAUCCGCAGGGUCGGCGGUCGACUCGCUGUACUCGGUCUGGUCGUCCUCGGAGUCGGACUCGUUCGUGUGGCGGGACGACCCGUGGGGGUUCUACGGCGUCGGCGGCGCCGUGACGCGGUACGCCGACGACCGCGACGACCGGCGCCGGCGGUUCGCGUCGCACGUCCUGAGCGGGCCGUUCGCCCAAUUCUACAAGCGGCAGCGCCAGAAGCAGCAUCAUCACUCCUCGUCCUCGUCCCGCCCCCGCGCUAGCUACGUCAGCGUCACCGCCGCCGGACGACCAGGUCCCGGAAAAUUCCAGCAGCAGCACCAUCCACCACCCCAAUUCCACCCGGGGCCCGGCGGCGUCGAGCCCCAGUUCCACCAGGAGCCGCCGCCGCAAUUCUACCCCCAGGAUCAGCAGCAGUUCCACCAGCCUCAACAGCAGCACUUCUACGGGGGACAGCAACAGAUGCCACCACCUCCACCACCCCCCCCUCCUCCGCCAAUGCAGCCAGCUGGCGGACCGGCAGGCUUCGAGAACGGGUUUAUCCAGCUCGGUGGUGGCGGGGGCGCGCCGCUGCCGCAACAGCAGCCUAUGGACCACGAUCCGUGGAACCAGGGAGGAGCUGUGUACGGAGAAGUCUACGAUUAACCAGAAGUAACAAAAAACUACAAAAAAAAAAAAAGCCUCGGGGUUUUAUAGUUUUUCGGUUUUUUUUUACUAUUACUUAACUGUUACCUGCCUACCUCCCCACC